AUGGUGCUUGAUUGAUGGAAAGAAGUUCGUGUUAAAACCAGCAACCGCCGACAGCAUAACAGGUUGGGCGGGAGGACGCGGAGACCAAAGUAUCGGCAAACCAAGACUUCGGAUCUUCCUGUGCCGGCAUGUGAAUCGUGUCAGUCACAGCCCAGCCACCGAGCGAAGCGGACCACUAUCGGACCGCAAACAGCAACACGCCGCUGCCACCGCACAAACACAGAUUGCGUUGCGAUCGCGUCAGCGGUAGCUUGUUUAGCAUCGGGGAAAUUCCUGGCGGCAAAACCUGUUCGUGGCGCAGCUCUAUCGAUCGCGGCGACAACAAGCACCGUAUAGGGUUCCGUGGGAGGCACCGGGAAGGUCAACACAAGAGGCAGUGAUAAAAAGCCGACCUAGAAAACCGGUGAAACCAACACUGCGGGUGGGUGUCUCCGUGCUACACUGUCGAUCCAGACACUAGACUGAUCGCACGCCAUGAGGCUCGGGUUAGCGACCGGAACCGGAGCCGCCUGCGGCACCGCUCUGUUGGGUGCCGUAACGCUGUGUGCCAUGUGGCAAAGUGUUGCAAGUGUCCCCCAGACGAGGAGUCAGGAAGAUGCCUACAAUCCUACGCGAUACUUAACCACCAAUGCGUGGAAUCAUCCAAUCAUUUUUCCUGACACGCCAGAACAUUUGCGAACGAUUCAAUAUCAGCAAGAAUCUCUUGCGCCGCGGAGGCACGAGUCGGCUCUGUUGCAGCAACAUCUGCCAUCAAGAUCAACAUUGUCACCACGAUUACAAGAAUCAACGUAUCUGGAAGCAAAAAACAAUGACAACAACUCCGGUGCACUACAGUUUGCUUGGAAUAUGCUUAGGUCCGUCGUGUUGCCUCAGAGUGGAAACACCGUCCUCUGCCCCAUACUUCCUCAGACGCUACUAGCGAAUCUCUACGAUGUAGCCAGUCCCAGUGCCAGAAACGAGUUACGCUCCACUCUGUACGCUUCCUAUGACGAGCUGCAACCGUUGAUACGCACCCAGCUGACCGCGGCUGGUCGAUCUUUAGAGAAUCAGCUCGAUUACGCCAUGAUAUACUUUCUGGGGAAGGAUAUGCUCAUCAAUCAAGAGUUCCGGGACAAAUCCGUGCGCGAUGGCGUCGCCUUUCAGAGUCUCGAUUUCCGAAAUGCAAACACUGCGGCGGCCACCGCCAACCAGUGGGUGAUGUCGAAGACCCGAGGGGCCAUACGCGAAAUUCUUUCACCUGCCUCGCUUGACCAGGCAACGCGCCUGGUAAUGGCCAGUGUUAUCUACUUCAAGGGAAAAUGGAAGUACCAGUUCACGCAGACGAAAUCCGAACCAUUUGCUCCCGGUCCGGCCCGAUCGGUGCAGCAGGUGCCGAUGAUGUAUCAGUUCAAUAAACUGCGGUACGGAGAGAUCGACCUGCCAGGACGGAACGGUGGUAUCCGUUGGGUCGAGCUACCGUACGAAGGAACCAGCGGCUUGUCCAUGGUGCUGAUGCUUCCGCAGGAGCGACAUCAGUUGGAAAGUGCAGCGAGCCAACUAACUCCUUCGCACUUGAUGGACAUGAUGGAGCACCUGACGGCCCCAAGAGCAACGAGAAAGGUUCACCUACGAGUGCCACGAUUUGAGGUGUACAGCUCCAUGUCGUUGGUGCCGAUACUCAGAAGCAUGGGACUUAGGGCAAUCUUCGACAGCCCACAAGCACUGCAAGGGAUGUCCAACGAGCAGUUGGUGGUACGCGACGUCACUCAGCGUACGUUCGUCUCGGUCGACGAACAAGGCACUACCGCGACAUCGGCGGCCUCACUCUCAUUCGUAGCCCUCAGUGCCGGACCAGUGCCAGCUAACGUUAACUUUACCGUCGACGAACCGUUCGUCAUGAUGAUCGUCGACAAGAUCAAUAAGUAUCCCAUGUUUGUGGCCAAGAUUGAAACGCCAUCGUCAACGAAGUUUCGCACCUCGGAAGCUGCUUGGGAGAAUCCCCAACGCAAACAAGCGAUCGUGCGCGGCGGAGAUAACGACGCUCGCGAUAUUCACACGAUCGCAGCCGAUCGCGUCUGCGUGCUGACGGUGUCUCUCGUCACUAUCAUUUCGAGCCACGAAAUUACGUACACAGGAACUGUGCGGUUAACAAAGGAAGAGUUUUGCCUGCACAACGGAUUACGACCGAACCGCUGUGAUAAACAGUUUGAGAAGCACUUAAAAGACAACCCACACCUAGAAAAAUGCCCGGGCACCGAAUUAAUCUACUCCAACUUCUGUUUCGAGUUUAAGAACGAGUUCACGAACGCCGUGGAUUUGACAACGGAUGCGAGUAGCUAUCCUCCUAGAAGACCGCAUGAUGUUGACGAGUACAUAGAAGUUCCUCCCAGCAGCGGCCGUGUGCCGGUCGAGAAGAAAGUUAUGGAAUUUUCGCUGCAACUCUUUAAAACCGCUGCGUCCGGUAGCAGCUUGGCUGGAAAUUACAUUCUUAGCCCGGUCAUGGUGCAAAUGCUGCUCGCGUACCUCAUCGACGGUGCAUCGAACACAUCACGUGCGGAACUGAAGACCGUGCUGCAGCUGACUAUGGAUGAUCUGAAGGAACUCCAGCAAACGCUGAAGCCCGAUGCGGAAUCGGCAGUGGUGCCGAAAUACAAGCUCGAUAUCGCUUCGCAAAUAUUCAAAUCGACGCAGAUUGAGCUUCUGCCCGCGUUCCAGGAGUCGCUGAAGCGUAACAAAGUGCCACUGCAGGAGAUGGACUUUUCCAACAGGCGAGUUGCGGUUAACGAAAUCAACCAUUGGGUCAACGUGACGACACGACAGAGAAUCACUUCAAUCGUCGACGAAAAUUCGUUGGAUCCGGAAACGCAACUGAUGCUUCUGAACGCUAUUUACUUCAACGGGUCGUGGCAGUACAGUUUCAAUCGAACCUCUAGGGCCUCUUUCCAUUUGAAUGAAAAUACUCGCUUAUCUUGCAAUAUGAUGGUGCUUUCGCGUGAGCUACGUUACGGUAAUACGCAGCCUGACCAUGAGACCCACGGAAUGUAUUGGAUAGAGCUGCCGUACACGGGCGACACGAUGUCCAUGAUCCUGCUACUCCCCAACGAGAGGUUCCAGCUGGAUCGGGAGCUGCAAAGGUUUCAGGCGAGCGAUUUGGAAAACAUUCUUUCGGAAAUUCGCAACAACAUUAAAGACAAGAUCAAGGUCAAUCUGCCGAUGUUCAAAGCGGACAGUACGGUUUCAUUAGUAGAGCCACUAAAAAAGAUGGGCCUAUCAUCAGUGUUCGGCACAAAUAAACCUUUCGACAAGCUGUCUAACACAGCCGUGAAAAUAUCCGACGUGCGACAAAAAUCAUUUUUAACCGUGAAUAUGCAUGGUACAGUGGCCACCAGUGUUACCACCCUAACCGUUAUCCCUCUCAGCAUAUCCCGGACGAUGGAGUUCAUUGCCGAUCAACCGUUUGCCGCCAUUAUUGUAGAUAAGCAAAAAGGCAUACCUUUGUUUAUCGCAAGAAUUAGCAAGCCAGCCAAGACACAGGAGUGAAAAACGAAAUUAGCCAAAUCAAUGGUAACGAUAAACAUGACACAAAAUCGUGGCUCAAAUUGUUUCCAUAGAUCAUCCGUCUGCGCUACUCCGACCGAUUAAUCGGUUUCUAUUGAGAAGACGUCAGUUCGAAUCCCGGGCAGUGCAUCAACAGGAUUGUAAAACUUAAAGUUGGUGCCCAUUACGGUUCUCUCCGUUCCAAUAAUGACAAAUAAAAAAACAUGACAACAUUUAUAUACGGAGUAUGAAGUUUGAACCUGAACAAAUUAGAAAUUAGAUUAAAUGUUUAGAAACUAGAGUUUCAAUUUGCGCGUAGCAAAACAUCCGCUAUAUUUCCGAUACAACAGAGAGCUUCUUUCACCUUCCUUCAAGUGUCAAGUGCCGCGAAUGCUUAAACGAAGUAAGCCUAUCAACUCAUAUCACCCAUUGAUAUUGGUUCGGAUUCUGAUCGUAAACAGAUCACGCUGUCACUUGCUGCAGAAAUACAUCAAACAAAA